AUGCUGGAGACCGCCCGGAACCUGGCCUUCGUCGGUGAGGCGAUUCGACAGAAAACCAAAGUCUCGGCCUCUCGGCAGGACAUUCUCGCGAAAAACACAGUUCGUGAAGCCAACGGAGCGUGUUUCGCGAGCAACAAUCCCACUCCAGGAGGACGCUUGGAAGGCCACAGAGCAGAGGAGCCACACCGGCGGAGGGGGCAGAAAGGGAGGCGCGUGGCGGCUGCCCAAGAGAAAGACGGCCGUCUGGUUCCAGUCUGUGAAACGAGGGAGAAGCUUGUGCCUCCGCAGGGAGAUCCCACCAGAAAACACCCCCUCCAAAGUAUGUUGCAGCCAGACUGUGUCUUAAGGAGUAACCACAAAACCUCCGAAAACAGCGAGGACGACAGAGGAUGGCCGCAGCGCGUUCGGUCAGCUCCAGGUGACCAAGUGAGAACUCCAACAGAGCGGCCAUCGGUCACGCCUGUCGAGAAUCGGAAUCGUGCGCUUCGUGCGCCUGAUAAAACAUUUCGGGGGGUACAUGUCUCUGAAUUGGGGAAAGCCUUUCCGGAAGACUGUGUCCUCAGGGCACGCGAGACUCACGUUCAAGAGAAAGUUUAUGGGUCCAGUGAGCGUGAAAACAUUCCCGGGAGGAACCCAAUACCUGCUGUGCCGAUGCCAACUCAUCCAGCGCAGACGCAGAACAAGAAUGACCCAGGUGGGAAAAGCUUCGCCCAGGUUCCGCACGCUCAGUCACUCAGGAGCACGCGGAAAGGAGAGAAAAACUAUAGGUGUCCAGACUGUGGGAAAUCCUACGCUUACCGUUCGUACUUUAUGAAACACAGGAGCGUUCACACCGGAGAGAAGCCCCACGCCUGUCCGGAGUGUGGGAAAGCCUUCCGAUAUUCGAUACACUUCAAGAAACACUUAUUCAGACACAUUGCGGAGAAGGCCCAUAAGUGUAAGGAGUGUGGGAGAGCCUUCCACAAGUCCUGGAUGCUCACCGUGCACAUGAGGACCCACACUGGAGAGAGGCCCUAUAAGUGUGAGGAGUGUGGGAAAAGCUACAUGAGUAAUUCAUCGCUUAAGAGCCAUCUGAAGAAGCACAACUAA